AUGGAGAUUGCAAGUUCCUAAUACAGAGAUAUCACUCAACAAUUUCUAUCUAAAGUACACAUUAAACUUGUUGCAUUGAAAAGGGAAUAGCCAAAUUAAUUUCUACUCACAGCCAAACUUGCCAAAGAGAAGGUCGAUGCAGCCAAUGAAAGACUUUAGGAAUUUCAUACAACAUCUCAAUCCACAGGACUUUUUAAUGACUAAGACUACAAAUUGAAUUCUAUACUUUCUCAAGUCAAAGACGACAUUAGUUAAAUACAUAUCCAUCUAAAUCAGCUUAAAACGCAAUUAAAUAAUGAUUUAAAUUAAUCAAUCUUCGAUUUUGUUUAGCAAAAAGCAAUGAAAACUUCAGAUUCAUUUAAAAAAUUGGUAUAGAGUCACACUUAACGGAUCAAGUAAUAGGAAGAGAAAAGGAAUAGAUUGAAUGGGGAAAGAGAUAGAGUAAUCAAGAGAGUUGGAUUUAAUCAGAAAUAUUAAAAAUUGAAUGAAACUGAGGAAGAGGCUAAUCAUUAAUCAAUUUAAAUGUUUGAUCAAAAGUAGAAUGAGGAAAAACUGGUUUCUAUGCAAAAAAUUGAAUCUAUGUUAAAUGAUAUUGCCGGAGUGUUCCAAAGAGUUGGAACUAUGGUUAGAUUAUAGGAGACGAUGAUUGAAAGAAUUGAUAAAUAUACAGAUGAGGCAUAGGUGAAUGUUAGUAAGGGACGUAAGGAAUUGUAGGAAUCACAUAAGCGAAUAAGCUCGAAUAGAGGGUUAAUCUUAAAGGUGUUUUUAAUUUUGUUUAUUUUUGCUUUUAUCUAUAUUGUAUUUAUUUUGUGAACUAAAUACAUUAUAUUGAGUAUACUAAAAUUAAUUAUAUAAUCAAAUCAAGUAUUUAUA